AUGUGCGUAGCUGACCAUUGACAAGCGAGAUUUGAUAGCCCUUCCUGGAAUUUCGCGAUGGAAGAGCUUAAGGAGCUUGUGAAGCCAUAUCACUUCCAUUUUGACUUCCUGCACCCAGAGAACUCGGCUUUGAGGUUGCCAUGGGAGGGCCAAGAGAAGCCCAAAGUGGCCAAAGAUCCCCUUGCCGGCCGCGGCGAGAAAGGCGUGUCAAAACCUCAAGGCCUCGCUAGAGGAUUCCUUCUCGACUCGGGCUCCACCAAGGAAGCUCCAGCCGGCUCAUCGCCAGCGCCAGCUGCGGCUUCAAAGGUGAAGAAGGUGGCUGCGCGCCACGGGACAUGCAACUCGCUUGAAAAAGAGCUCAUGGUCAACCUCUUGGUGUUUGCUUUUGAGGAAGCUAUUCGAGUUCUCCAUGAGGAAGACGAUCGAAGUGGCAGAACAGUGGAGUUUGGUGAUGCCUUUCACAUCGUUGAAAACAGAGUCCAAGGAAUUGGUUCAGGUGAUGACGGAGCUCCGGGUGUUGAAGAGCAUGGCCAGGUGUGGAAGGCCACCAAAAGGAGCGCCUGGCCAAUUCAGCAGCGGAGCUGGAGUUGCUUACUGUGCAUCAAUGGUCAUGGGGUUGCACGCGAUGAUGCACAAGCCGUGGUCUGGAUGCGACCUGCAGCAGAGCAGCUGGAGGCCAUGCAGAAGUUGGGCUGCAGAGGGCGAGGUGCUGCCAUCACUUCCGGGACAUCCAUUUCAAGCAAAGACCGAUAUCAUUUCCCUAUUUGGGCGCGCCCACCCCCCGCUGAAACUUUUGUUGGAUCUCCGUUAAAGUAUCAUUAUUUCCUAGGAUCUUUUGGUCAAGAUUGAAAGCCCCAGAAAGAAGUAACGUGGCGAAUUCAGGAGGGCUCUUGCAGAGCGGGACAAAUUUAUUGAACUUGUGGAUGAGCCAAGGAUGCUUGUAACCUUCAAAGCGAUGUGUAACAUGUAUUUCAGCUCAACCGAAGCCAAGCAGCUAGUAUGUCACAAUGUAUUUUGAAUCAAUCAACGAAUUUGCACUUUUAUAGGUGCCUCACUCUGAGCUGCCCGUCAGCUGCGGCUUCUGCAGCUUGUGGAUGCUUGUGGCGCAGACAAAAAUGGACUAUGGAGAGCCCAAAAACUGAAAUUUGCAAGAAAUGUACAUUAGAAAUUAG